UGAGCUUGAAACGGAAGAAGGUUUCGAAUUCGUGUUGAGAUAACUGACAAAAGUGGGGCAACGUAUUUCAGAGGCAAUUAUUGGAAGGAAUUUGCUAGAAUGUACCAUUUUGAAGUUGGAACGGAGCUCGUAUUCUCUAUAGUUUAUUACUAUCUGAGGCAGGAUAAACGAGACAUACUUGACGCUAUGCAUGCCACUGGUGGAACCAUGGUUAACUGGAAAAUGAUGGACACCCUAGUCAACCAUGUCGACGAGGUUGACAUGCUCCUUGAAAGUAACGGAGGUGGAAAGUAUAUAGUUGGAAAAUGUCAGGCUCUGAUCCACACAUUAACCUGGACAAACUGUGUGAGGAAAGAACUUAAACUCCCACGAUGUCUUGUCCCUGACGACAUGCCUGAAUAUGGUGCGAUCACAAUUGUGUGUGGCAAAUAUUGUAAGGUCAAAGGGUCCUACUCAAUUUCUAGUGAAGAUGGCACAGUAUGUGUUGUUGGGUGGAAGGAGGUUGUGAAGCAGGAGUUAUUUAAAAUUAGGGACAAGAUCCUUUUCAUUCUGUAUGUAGGAAGUAAAGGGCCUUUCCUAUUUGUUGGGUAUAUUCCAUAUAUUCACGUGCCGGUGUGGUAGUUUAUUUUAGAAUCAUUAUGAUGGUCGUAAUGGGUCCUGUGCGC